UUCUUCUCUACUGCGCGGUGGCUUGUGGGGAAAAGGGAAGGCGCCGUCGCGUUGUUGUUUUCUCGUCAGGUGGGAGCCGUUGAUCGCGGCGGAAGAAGCGAAAAUGCCGGAGCGAGACAGUGAGCCGUUCUCCAACCCUCUGGCCCCAGAUGGCCAUGAGAUGGAUGAUUCUCAUUCUUUCCACCAGUCUAAACUGACCAAUGAAGACUUCCGGAAGCUUCUUAUGACCCCACGGGCAACACCAACAUCUGCACCACCUUCCAAAUCUCGCCACCAUGAGAUGCCAAGAGAAUACAAUGAAGAUGAAGAUCCAGCUGCUCGCAGGAGGAAGAAAAAAAGCUAUUAUGCAAAACUACGCCAACAAGAGAUUGAGCGAGAGAGGGAACUGGCUGAAAAAUACAGGGACCGUGCCAAGGAGAGAAGAGAUGGGGUCAACAAGGACUAUGAGGAAACAGAGCUGAUCAGCACAACUGCUAACUACAGGGCAGUGGGACCCACUGCAGAGGCGGAUAAAUCAGCAGCAGAAAAGAGGCGGCAGUUGAUUCAGGAAUCCAAGUUCUUGGGUGGUGACAUGGAGCACACUCACUUGGUGAAGGGUCUGGAUUUUGCUUUGCUGCAAAAGGUGCGUGCUGAGAUUGCCAGCAAAGAAAAGGAAGAAGAAGAACUGAUGGAGAAGCCCCAGAAAGAAACGAAAAAAGAUGAAGAUCCAGAAAACAAAAUUGAAUUCAAGACUCGCUUGGGUCGUAACAUCUACCGGAUGCUAUUCAAGAACAAGGCGUAUGAACGGAAUGAGCUCUUCCUACCAGGGAGGAUGGCCUAUGUUGUGGAUCUAGAUGAUGAAUAUGCAGACACAGACAUCCCCACAACUUUGAUCCGAAGCAAGGCUGAUUGUCCUACCAUGGAGGCCCAGACCACACUGACUACAAAUGAUAUUGUUAUUAGCAAACUGACCCAGAUUCUUUCCUACUUGAGACAAGGAACCCGUAACAAAAAGCUCAAGAAGAAAGACAAAGGAAAACUGGAUGAGAAGAAACCUCCAGAGGCAGAUAUGAAUAUUUUUGAGGACAUUGGAGAUUAUGUGCCGUCUGCGGCAAAGGUGCCUCGAGAGAAGGAGCGAGAGCGAUAUAGGGAACGGGACCGAGAGCGUGAGAGAGAGAGAGACAGGGAACACGAACGAGAGCGCGAACGAGACCGAGAGCGCGAACGCGAACGUGAGGAGGAGAAGAAAAGGCACAGCUAUUUUGAGAAACCCAAAGCUGAUGAUGAGCCUAUUGAUAUUGAUAAAGGACCUGGCUCAGCCAAAGAGUUGAUUAAAUCAAUCAAUGAGAAGUUUGCUGGUGCAGGUGGCUGGGAAGGAGCAGAAUCAUUAAAAAAGCCUGAAGACAAAAAGCAACUGGGUGACUUUUUCGGGAUGUCAAACAGCUAUGCUGAAUGCUACCCUGCAACAAUGGAUGACAUGGCUGUGGAUAGUGAUGAAGAAGUAGACUAUAGCAAAAUGGAUCAGGGAAACAAAAAGGGACCCCUCGGUCGCUGGGACUUUGACACACAAGAAGAAUACAGCGAGUACAUGAACAACAAAGAAGCUCUGCCUAAAGCGGCAUUCCAGUAUGGAAUCAAGAUGUCCGAAGGCCGUAAGACACGUCGUUUCAAGGAGACCAAUGACAAGGCUGAACUGGAUCGGCAGUGGAAGAAGAUCAGUGCAAUCAUCGAAAAAAGGAAGAAGAUGGAGGCUGAUGGGGUUGAGGUGAAGAGACCAAAAUAUUGAAGCCUCCAUUAACAUCUGAUGCCUGUAGCUGCAUUCCGGAAGCUCAGCUAUACUGGAGAUGAGACUUUGGAAGUGAUUUUAGUCCUUCCUCCUGCUCUGAAGCAAAGCCACCUUGCUCUUUGUUUUCAGCAUCAUGCAGGCCCAUGAGCGCAAAGGACAGUUCUUCAUUCUGCUGAAGAGCUUUAGUGGUUCUCUUCUUUGUCUCGUUUUGCCUGCAUCAGUGCAUGUGCCCCGGGAACCUGCACUUUAGGUUUUGUGGCUUGUAAACUUUGUACAUGUAAUAAAAUCUGCAGUAAUGUUUA